CGCCAUCUCCCCAAUACAAACCCGUUCACCGCACAAAAUGCCUCGCGAAGAGUACCAGGUCCCAACCACCUCUGGCGCCUCCUCCGCCGGCGCCAUGACCCGCGGCGCAACCGGCGGCGAGCGUCACGACAGCCGCGCCGUCAUGACCUACAUCUGCGGCGACUGCGGCGGCAACGUCACCCUUAGCAAGGAUGCGCUCGUUGCCUGCCCGCACUGCGCUGGCAGAGUGCUCUACAAGGAGCGUACCAAGCGAAUGGUGCAAUUCGAGGCUCGAUAGAUUGGUUGAGCGGGACGAGAAGAGAUGUUGUGACAUGGCAUCAAGGAGACCAAAGUUACCAGAUCUAUACGUAUAAAAAAAAGCGACAAAAUCAUAGAUUACAUAUUCGAGGAGUUUUUGGGAUACAAUUGCGGAUAAUCAAGGAGUCGGAGAAGCUUUUAGUACUUGGGAAAUUUAAAUUUGCAUUUGACUUUGAUAUU